GGAGGCGGCUGCUUCUAAUCCUUUCCCGAACAAACCCAGCGCGGUGAGAUCUGUAAUAAACCCCCUGGUGCUCUCCUCUCCUUCCCCCGGCCGAGCCCUCAGCUACUGUCAGCACAAUGAACGUGUCACUGACUGACGCCACUCCACUACUGCUGAGGCAACAUGGCGAAGUUGCAAAUGUUUUCGGCAACCAGUGAAGCCGGUUACCACAGCUACGAGGCAUACCCCGUGUUCUCCCCCCUACCCACUGAGCCAGGCUACGCCCAGGCCGUGAUGGGGAGUGUUGGCAGCGGCGUUGUGAACGAGCAGGAGUUUGCGAUGAAAAGUGUGAACAGCAACAAGCGGGCAGGCCCCGGCCAGACGGCCAGCCGGCAGCACGAGGGACCGAGGAACGGCUACGUUUCCCGGGAAUUCCCCAAGCGCUUCUCGGCAGACGACAAGGACUACAAGCCCGAGAAGGUGUCUAAUUCCUUGUACAUUAAUGACGAGCAUCGCACAGGCGACCGAACGAAAACCGACGUGGCCAAUAACAACGAGAGGAACCUGCCCCCCCAGUACAAGGAGCCAAGCAAUCCACCGAAGAUACUGCCCAUAUCUGGCAAACUAGAACAGAACAGUGAGUCAUUGAUUCGACCCUCUGCAUUCAAGCCAGUUGUCCCCAAAAGCUUCCACUCUAUGCAGAAUCUCUGCCCACCACAAAGCAAUGGAAUGAUAGACAGCAGGAAAAGCCUUAAUGCCCAUCAUACCAGUAGUAGCAGCCCUUCAGCUGGGAGAGUCGGAUUGGAAAAGGCAGGUCACAGCAGGACUAUAAACCACGGAGGAGGUAUGUCCGACUCUGGCCGAAACUCACUGACCAGCCUUCCCACGUAUGGAACAGGCUACAGCCAGCAUAUUGGGCCAAUGAGCGCUUCGACAAGCCACAUAAACCGUCUCGGAACCUCAUACGGAGAGCGGGGAAUGCUGGGCUAUAAUGGAAUAUCUACCUCCGAUAGUGGACGGUCUUCCAGCAAAAGCGUGGCCUCUUUCAACAAACUCAACCACAUGCAGGAAACGCUAACAUAUCACUCACCAUCUAACGACGAUAUCAUUCAGGACCUUGAGGACCGGCUGUGGGAGAAAGAACAGGAAGUUCUCCAAAUGAGAAGGAGCCUGGACAAGAGCGAAGCAGCCAUCGUGCAAGUCUUUGAGGAGAAGCAGAAGAUAUGGGAGCGCGAGAUGGAGGACUUGAAGCAGAAUUAUGCCAACAAGCUCCAGCAAGUGUCCAAGAAGGCCCAGAGAGCUCAACAGGCCUUACAGCUUCAAAUCUUCAAACUCCAACAGGAGAAGAAGAAACUGCAGGAGGAUAUUGGGCAGUUGCUGCAGCAGAGAGAAGACCUGGAGAAAAAAUGUAUGACUUUUAAGAAGGAGCAGUCCGAACUUCUGCCCAAACUAGAAGAGACCAAAUGGGAGGUGUGUCAGAAAGCCGGAGAGAUCUCGCUAAUGAAGCAGCAGAUGAAAGAUUCCCAAGCUGACGUGGCCCAGAAACUGAAUGAAAUGGUGGCUCUGAGGACACAGCUGAAAGAGGCAACAUCAGCGUUGCGGGCCAAAGAGGAGCAAGUCCUCAUACUGAAGGACUCGGUCAAUGCCAAGGGCAUAGAGUUGGAAGUGUGUGAGAAUGAGCUGCAGAGGAAAACCAGCGAGGCUCAACUCCUGCGGGAAAAGCUAGGCCAGAAUGAAGUGGAGAUUUGUGGAUUAAAACAGGCACUGGCCGCCAGGGCCCACCAGAACUGGGACAGCGAAGAAUCUGCGGACGAGCCGAGGGAGGAGCUGGCCUGCGAAAGUGACGAGGCAAAAAUGCAGCGACAGAACAAGGACACGGUCAAAGCGCUGGAGAAGCAGAUCGAACGGCUGCAGGGAGAGCUGAGGCUAGAGAGGCAGCAGCAUGAGCAGCAGGUGGCACAGUUCGAGGAGGAGAGGCAGACGUGGCAGGAUGAGAAAGAGAAAGUCAUCAAAUAUCAGAAGCAGCUGCAGCUGAACUAUGUGGAAAUGUACCAGAAGAACCAGGUGCUGGAAAGUAAACUGGGAGAGAUAAACACAAAGGCCAGUUCACCCACUGCCGACGAAAUGAAGCAAUGGACACCAUCGCGACUCGAACGGAUCGAAUCCACUGAAAUAUAAUCUGUGACGCUGACUGUUCUUCAUGUUGAUAACGUGGAGUGGGUUGGUUUCCACGCCCUGCCUAAACCUAUUUGCCGGUUCCAUUCAUAGGCAUCUGGUAUUUUGUUUCUGUUUCAGUGCAAUGUUAAGAAAGAACACCACAAAUGUGGCCUCUAUUUUAGUUUGAAAUUGGCUGUGGAUUAAGUUACAUGCCGUCCUCCCUCUCCACAACCAUCCUUUACAGUGAAUCCUCUUUAAAGUUCAGUUUCUGUUCCCCAUCGUCUGCUGAUGUGGAGUAGAGGGGUCAGGCGGCCUCUGGCCCACUCCAUCCUGGUUUAUACCAGUGUGGCUAGUGGUAUAUGCCAGUGUAGCCAUUUCCCUGCUUGACACUGUGCCCGACUGCCAAUGUCUCUUCCAGCUUUGGGCUGGGAAUCAUAAUAAAACAGACUAAUGCGGAGAGCAGAAAGCUGAAAAGCUGCAAGGUGCUCCUUGGGUCGGUGGUCAGUUAGAUCUAUCAGCCGGUGAAUCGCUUCUGCCCCCCCGCCGUUGGUCUUUCCCCUUUCAUUCUGUUCUCCAACAGCUCAUUGCACCUUCCUAUCAUUUCUCACAUCCCCUGACUGUGCACUUGUUUAAUACAAGUUCAUUCUCUAACAUCUUCUAACCCUGGUACAAGGACCGUGAAACUUUAACUGUUUUACCCCUGCUCAGAUAUUGCUGCUUGAUGUUCAGAACUUGUCCAAACUGUUUCUGUUUUUAUACAAUGGGUUUCAGUCAGGUCUUCCAAUGACAUGUAGGCCAGAAACAUUGAUGAGGACAUCAAGUGGCCAAUUAAUAGCCACCGAAGGCCAGACUUCGCCUGCUGCUGGUAUUUUACUAACAAUGGAAGGAUGCCCAGGCCGUGCGUCAGGCUACUGGAUAAACCUCACCAAUGUUUCUGUGAGCUCAAGGUUGAUGGGGGGGGGGGGGGUGCCCAGCAGUGCCCCCACCUUUUGUUCCGCGUUCCCUGGCCUCUCAAUUGUGGCUCACCGUCCCCCUUGGACAGACCUGUCAGAACUGGGCGAAAUUGCCUCUGUCAGGCUUCCAUGGGGGAAGGCUGCUGUCCCAGCUCUGGCCACCGCUGCUGGUGGCACCACUUUGACUGGAGAGCUGCUGUGUCAGCAGCACUUGGAGUUGGGACAGGCUCCAAGAUGGGGUGGUGGAGGCUACAUCUUGAAGUCAGAGUGUUUUUAUAACCAAGCAUUCCUUCCUGGCCCUACAGAGAUGUGCCCACCUCUUUGCUUCCCAGCUGGGAAGGGGACGGGUGGGUGCAAGGCCACUGGCUUCAUGAAGACUUGCAGCCAUCGACAGGAGGCUUCACACUCACCUCAUAUCAAAGUGUCUUACUUCAGGUGGGUCUCACUUUAUAUUGUCAUGUAUUACCAAGGCGGGCCAACAACGUUAGAGAUCAGCCAUGAUCUAAUUGAAUUGUGAAAUGGGCCCAAAGUGCCAACUAGCCAACUCCAGUGCUCCCUGAGCACAGUGGCUGGGGCACGCAGUCUGAGCACACGUGCAGCUGAUUGGGAAUUGAAGAGGCAGCUUGUGAUGACAUUCUCUGUGAAUGAUCCCUUGCAGACUUCAGUGUGGAAAUUCACCAACUACCUGUACAACCCAUCUGUCUCUGUGAAGGCCACACAGUACAUCAUAGAACCAGAUACAGCGCAUUGCUCCACUAUUAAGUGGCAUAUCCAUCACUUUCCCAUCUUGUAAAUGCUGCCACAGAGAUUUCAGAUUUCAAUCAGUGAAUGCUGUUCAAUUUAAAACUUGAAGCUCACACCUUCGUUUAGAAUGCCAACACAAAUUUUAGAUAGAAGCAUCGAGCUACACGGAACUUUGCAAAUACUGUCAUGUUGUGCAUUAACAAUCCUUGAGACUUUAACCGUUCAGUUUCCUCUGUUCUGUUUAGUGCUUCUAUAUUUCCUAUGAAAAACUGCUUAUGAAAUGUCUUCACCCUGAUUUUGAUGCAUUUUAACAUAUUUCACCAUCCUUUUCCCUUCCAGAAACAGAUCUAAUUAUCACCUCAAACUCUGUGGCCACUUUCUUCAAUGGCCUUCAUUGGGAGGAUUUUCCACAAGCCUGUUUUCCCUCUGGGUGGAAAAAAAGAAUUCUUGCCAUCAUUCCUUCCUUCCAAGUUCUGCCUGUACCAUCAGGAAGAACUUAGCUGGAUCAGUUUUUGUCAAUAGCUUUUGUUAUCUUGAAAGGUCAAUACCUAAUGUCAUAUUAGAGCCAAGAAGUCCAAACCACAUUUCCAAAUACAAGAAUGUUAACUUUUUUUCCCCAAAAUGUAAAAAACUGCAUGGCAGUCUUUAAAAAACAGUUUUAGUCCCAAUGCCCUUCCUUUUCUUCAUAUCCUUCUUAAAUUUUGCCUUCUCUAAACACACUCAGAAAAACUUAGAAAUUGAUUCUUAUUCCAGUUAUAUCUUGCUCUAUAUUACAUUAGAGGUAAAAAUAUUUGAGUAAAAUCUGGUGAUAACAGCAUAUCUGGCAAUGUGUAAAACAGGAAAACAAUAUCAUCUGUGCCUCAAAUAUGUAACCAGCAAGUUUAUGUGGUUUUGCAGCUGGAUAUUAGAAUUGUGAAACUCAACACAGGCUCUUUUAAAUUGAGUGGAGUCCUAAACCUUAGUAGUUUUCACUCAUUUCUUCCUUUUCCCUGCCUCAGAAUUCUUAGUGAUAAAAGAGAAUUGGUUAGGAUCACCCAGUCAGGAACUUAAUCCUGGAAUCCUGCAGCAUGGAAGGAGGCCAUUCAGCCAAUUGCACCUCUGAGAUGGGCAGGGAGGAAUAAAGAAGAAUUGCAGUUAAAUGAUAUGCAUCCAAAUUAUAUUAUAGUACCAGCAAGAAUAAAAAGAAUCAGUCUCUGUCAUUUGGAAACUGUGCAUCACUGUAUCAGCCUUCACAGAAUCGACUGGCUAUUGGCUGUUAUCCAUUGUAUUAUCCACAUGAAAAGAGUAAUUACCCAUUAAUUUGUUCAUUUGUAAAUAUUGAGUCAAGCUUGUGUAGUUCUGUGUAAAUAUAUGUGCCUGUGCUGUGUUUAAAGGUAAACAUUAUCCAUGCUAAAGUUACAUGCUUUCUAAGGAUUUCCUGUACAACUAGACAAUGCAAUUUCUCAGUUGCCACACAUCUUUCUCCCAGCACUGUGUAACAGUUAAUUUAAUGCAUCACCAGGAAACCUGUGAUCCUUAACUGGCAGAGCCUAAUAAGGUCAUUGAAGUUAAGUAAGAACCUGUCAAAUUUAUAAGGUACAAUGUACGAUUUGCAAAUGUGUGACUGAAAAUUAAUUUGAAGCUGUACAACAUCACCAAUCAUUCUUGUUUUUUAUUUUGCCUAAUUCCCUCCUAAGACAAUGGGUAAAAUGCUGUGAAUGGGGAAUGCUACAAGAUCAAGAAUGGUUGUGAAGGUUGUGCUGCAUAUCUGGGUGGCUUCAAUGUUGUGAGUUUUGCAUUAUAUCUGAUACACUGUGACUUGUACUGUAAUUGCGAUUUUCCAAUUUGUUGUCAUGCCAGUGGGUCACAGGACAGGUACAGACGUGAAAUUCUGAACAGCCUUAUUUUGCCCAUCGGACUCAGAAGAGCCAGAAUCAGUCCCACAGUGUGGGGCAGGGUAAUGUGAACACUCAGGACUGGUGGUCCAUGCAUCUUUAAUGGUAUACUGUUCUAUGUCUAAUGCAAUCCACCCUUAGCAUAUGCGGAAUGCCCUCUAUGAGACCUCACUGGAAAACCCGCAGGAAAUUAGGCCCAAGGUCUAUGGUGAAUGUGUGCUGGUGAGUUUACACACAUGAUGGUGCUCUAUAAAUGAGAUAGGAGUAGGCCAUACAGACCAAUGAACCUGCUGCAUUAUUCAGUAAACUCAUAACCAAACCUUUCCAUCAGUCCUACUCUUUCCCUUGACCCAUAUCCCUUGAUUCCGUUAAUGUCCUCAAUCUGUCCAUUCAAACUAGAAUCUGCUCAUUGAUUGAGCAUCCGCAGCUCGCAGGUCUAAGAAUUCCGAAGUUUAACUAUCCUCUGAAUGAACAAAUUUCUCUUCAUCUUAAUUUUAAAUGGCUCAACGUUUAUCCUGAAGUUUGAGCCCUAGUUUCUGACUCUAUGACCAAGCAAAGCAGCCUCACAACAUUUUUCAUUCAUUCAUGGGAUGAGGGUGUUGCUGGCUGGGCCAGCAUUUAUUGCCCCUCCUUGAUUAUCCAGGGGGCAGUUAAGAGUUAACCACAUUGCUGUGGCCUGGGGUCAUGUGAAGACCAGAUCAGAUAAGGACUGUACUCUCUUAAAGGGCAUUAGUGAAUCAGAUGGGUUUUUCCCACAGUAAUUUCACGAUCAUCAUAGAACAUAGAACAAUACAGCGCAGAACAGGCCCUUUGGCCCUCGAUGUUGCGCCGGCCUGUGAACUAAUCUAAGCUCCUCCCCCUACACUAUCCCAUCAUUAUCCAUAUGCUUAUCCACAGACUGUUUAAAUGCCCCUAAUGUGGCUGAGUUAACUACAUUGGCAGGCAGGGCGUUCUACGCCCUUACCACUCUCUGAGUAAAGAAUCUGCCUCUGACAUCUGUCUUAAAUCUAUCACCCCUCAAUUUGUAACUAUGCCCCCUUGUACAAGCUGAAGUCAUCAUCCUCGGAAAAAGACUCUCACUGUCCACCCUAUCUAAUCCUCUGACCAUCUUGUAUGUCUCUAUUAAAUCCCCUCUUAGCCUCCCUCUCUCCAAUGAGAACAGACCCAAGUCCCUCAGCCUUUCUUCAUAAGACCUUUGCUCCAGACCAGGCAACAUCCUGAUAAAUCUCCUCUGCACCUUUUCCAAUGCUUCCACAUCCUUCCUGUAAUGGGGCGACCGGAACUGCAUGCAAUAUUCCAAAUGAGGCCGCACUACCGUUUUGUACAGUUGCAGCAUGACAUCACGGCUCCGGAACUCAAUCCCUCUACCAAUAAAACCUAAAACACCGUAAGCCUUCUUAACAACACUAUCAACGUGAGUGGCAACUUUCAGGGAUCUAUGUGCAUCGACACCAAGAUCCCUCUGCACAUCCACAGUACCAAGAAUCUUUCCAUUGACCCAGUAUUCUGCCUUCCUAUUAUUCCUCCCAAAGUGAAUCACGUCACAUUUAUCCCCAUUGAACUCCAUUUGCCACCUUUCAGCCCAAUUCUGCAGUUUAUCCAAGUCUCGCUGCAACCUGCAACAUUCUUCCACACUGUCCACCACUCCACCUACUUUUGUGUCAUCUGCAAACUUACUAACCCAUCCACCUAUGCCUGUGUCCAAGUCAUUUAUAAAAAUGACAAACAGCAGUGGUCCCAAAACAGAUCCUUGAGGCACACCGCUAGUAACUGGACUCCAGGAUGAAUAUUUUCCAUCAAACACUGCUCGUUGCUUUCUUACAGAAAGCCAGUUUCUAAUCCAAACUGCUAAAUCUCCCUCAAUCCCAUUCCUCUGUAUUUUCUCCAAUAGCCUACUAUUAUAUGGAACCUUAUCAAAGACUUUACUGAAGUCCAUGUACACCAUGUCAACUUCCCUACCCUCAUCCACAUGCUUGGUCACCGUCUCUUAAUUCCAGUUUUUUUUAUUGAAUUCAAAUUCUCUAAUCUGCCCUAACAGGAUUUGAACCUGGGUCCCCAGAACAUUGCCAGGGUCUCUGGGUUAACAGUUUAGCAAUAAUAAUACUAAGCCUUCGCUCAUAUCACCUGUAAAGCCCACUGCCAAUUUUACAGGCUUUAAUUAGGUAAGUUCCCAUUCUUCUAAAUUGUUGAGAAUAUUCUACUUAAUCUCUUCUUGUAGGAUAGUCAUCUUAUCCCAGGCAUUAAUCUAAACUUUGGAACAAAAACAAAGUUGCUGGAAAAGCUCAGCAGGUUUGGCAGCACCUAUGAAGAAAAAAACGUUUCUGGUCCGAUGACCCUGUAAACUUUUUUUGUUCUCCUUGAGCAAAUAUUUUCAAUAAGGAGACCAGAAGAAUGGACAUUGCUGCAAGCAUAAUUUCACCGUAGCCACAAUAUAGUCCAUCUGCUGCCACCUUGUCCAAUUUUUGACCUUUGCAGCCUUGUUACAUCAUUUGCUUGCCUUUCCUCCUAGCUUUGUCUCUCCCGCAAGCAUGAAGGCUGUUCGCUUGGUCCUUUUGAUUUAGGUUUUAAAUAGCUGAGGGCCAAGCACAGACCCCAGCACACAUUGUAUCUUGACAUUCUGCAGAUGCCCCAUUUAUUCCAGCUCAUUUCUUUCCAGUAGGGAAAUCUCAUUUUGAUAGUUCAUGGAUCCUGUCUCACUUUGGGAUAAUCUUGUGAGCAGUUAGCUGGUAAUUCCCUUUGACCAUUCAAAGCCUACACAAUGUCCAAUUGUUUCCUUAACCCUGUAUAUGUUCUGUGUCUAUUAACAAGCUUAAUAAUCUAAAACAUUGAUUGCUGAUUCCAUGGUAAGUUACAUGCAAUAAAAAAGAGGUGGAAUAUUUGUAUUCCCAAUUCCUCCGCCUCCGCCGCAUCUGCUCCCACAAUGAGGCAUUCCACUCCCGCACAUCCCAGAUAUCCAAGUUCUUCAAAGACCACAACUUUCCCCCCACAGUGGUUGAGAACGCCCUUAAUCACGUCUCCCGCAUUUCCCGCAACACAUCCCUCACACCCCGCCCCUGCCACAACCGCCCAAAGAGGAUCCCCCUCGUUCUCACACGCCACCCCACCAACCUCCGGAUACAACGCAUCAUCCUCCGACACUUCCGCCAUCUACAAUCUGACCCCACCACCCAAGAUAUUUUUCCAUCCCCACCCUUGUCUGCUUUCUGGAGAGACCACUCUCUCCGUGACUCCCUUGUUCGCUCCACACUGCCCUCCAACCCCACCGCACCCGGCACCUUCCCCUGCAACUGCAGGAAAUGCUACACUUGCCCCCACACCUCCUCCCUCACCCCUAUCCCAGGCCCCAAGAUGACUUCCCAUAUUAAGCAGAGGUUCACCUGCACAUCUGCCAAUGUGGUAUACUGUAUCCAUUGUACCCGGUGUGGCUCCCUCUACAUUGGGGAAACCAAGCAGAGGCUUGGGGACUGCUUUGCAGAACACCUCUGCUCGGUUCGCAAUAAACAACUGCACCUCCCAGUCGCAAACCAUUUCCACUCCCCCUCCCAUUCUUUAGAUGAUAUGUCCAUCAUGGGCCUCCUGCAGUGCCACAAUGAUGCCACCUGAAGGUUGCAGGAACAGCAACUCAUAUUCCGCUUGGGAACCCUGCAGCCCAAUGGUAUCAAUGUGGACUUCACCAGCUUCAAAAUCUCCCCUUUCCCCCACCGUAUCCCAAAACCAGCCCAGUUUGUCCCCUCCCCCCACUGCACCACACAACCAGCCCAGCUCUUCCCCUCCACCCACUGCAUCCCAAAACCAGUCCAACCUGUCUCUGCCUCCCUAACCUGUUCUUCCUCUCACCCAUCCCUUCCUCCCACCCCAAGCUGCACCUCCAUCUCCUACCUACUAACCUCAUCCCAUCUCCUUGACCUGUCUGUCUUCCCUGUACUGACCUAUCCCCUCCCACCUCCCCACCUGUACUCUCCACCUAUCUUCUCUCCAUCUUCGGUCAGCCUCCCCCUCUCUCCCUAUUUAUUCCAGAACCCUCACCCCAUCCCCCUCUCUGAGGAAGGGUCUAGGCCCAAAACGUUAGCUUUUGUGCUCCUGAGAUGCUGCUUGGCCUGCUGUGUUCAUCCAGCCUCACAUUUUAUUAUUAUGGUGGAAUAUUUGUAUUGCAUUCAGUACAUUUCUGGUUUCCUCUUGAUUCUCCCUCGAUAACACGUUGAAUUAUAUUGAGCACUUUAGUUUAUACCAAAGUUUAUUUAAUGUAGAAAGACUAUUUUUCCCCACUGAUGUCUCAGAGGCAUUUGUUUCAAAAAUUAGGAAUCUAGUGCGCCCUGUGACCCAUGUGCGUAUGCAUUAGAUGUUAUGUACUUCAGAAAACCUAGCUUCUGGUCGUAGAUCUGGGUGUGCAAGUGGCUAUGUUGCUAGUUUUGCACUCGCACAAAGCAGUUUUGGGUGAAAAUUGACAUCAGUAUAACUUCGAAAGCUACUGCUCCCUGUGAGCCAUAAGAUUUGUGUCCUUGUAACCCAUUUGAGUUUACAUUGGGUGCCACGCAAGCCUGUGGCAGUGCGAGUGCUGACAUGAAGUCCACCUUCUCAGAGGGGAGAAUAUGGUCAAAGAAAGAGUAGGGCCGAUCAGGGAUAGCAUAGGGAACUUAUGUGUGGAGUCAGAGGAGGUAGGGGAAGCCCUAAAUGAGUUUUUUGCUUCUGUCUUUACGAAAGAAACGAACUUUGUAGUGAAUGAAACCUUUGAAGAGCAGGUGUGCAUGCUGGAAUGGAUAGAGAUAGAGGAAGCUGAUGUGCUGAAAAUUUUGUCAAACAUUAAGAUUGACAAGUUUCCAGGCCCGGAUCAGAUUUGUCCUCGGCUGCUUUGGGAAGCGAGAAAUGCAAUUGCUUCGCCACUUGAGAAGAUCUUUGCAUCCUCGCUCUCCACUGGAGUCGUACCUGAGGACUGGAGAGAGGCAAAUGUAAUUCCUCUCUUCAAGAAAGGAAAUAGGGAAAUCCCCGGCAAUUACAGACCAGUAAGUCUCACGUCUGUUGUCUGCAAGGUGUUAGAAAGGAUUCUGAGGGAUAGGAUUUAUGACCAUCUGGAAGAGCAUGGCUUGAUUAAAUGCGGUCAACACGGCUUUGUGAGGAGCAGGUCAUGCCUCGCAAACCUUAUCGAGUUCUUUGAGGAUGUGACUAGAAAAGUUGAUGAGGGUCGAGCUGUGGAUGUGGUGUAUAUGGACUUCAUUAAGGCAUUUGAUAAAGUUCUCCAUGGUAGGCUCAUUCAGAAGGUCAGGAGGCAUGGGAUACAGGGGAACUUAGCUGUCUGGAUACAGAAUUGGCUCGCCAACAGAAGGCAGCGAGUGAUAGUAGAAGGAAAAUAUUCUGCCUGGAAGUCAGUGGUGAGUGGUCUUUCACAGGGCUGUGUCCUUGGGCCUCUACUGUUUGUAAUUUUUAUUAAUGACUUGGAUGAGGGGCUUGAAGGAUGGGUCAGCAAGUUUGCAGACGACACAAAGGUUGGAGGUGUCGUUGACAGUAUAGAGGGCUGUUGUAGGCUGCAGCGGGACAUUGACAGGAUGCAGAGAUGGGCUGAGAGGUGGCAGAUGGAGUUCAACCUGGAUAAAUGCAAGGUGAUGCAUUUUGGAAGGUCGAAUUUGAAAGCUGAGUACAGGAUUAAGGAUAGGAUUCUUGGCAGUGUGGAGGAACAGAGGGAUCUUGGUGAGCAGACACAUAGAUCCCUUAAAAUGGCCACCCAAGUGGACAGUGUUGUUAAGAAAGUAUAUGGUGUUUUGGCUUUCAUUAACAGGGGGAUUGAGUUUAAGAGUCGUGAGAUCUUGUUGCAGCUCUAUAAAACUUUGGUUAGACGGCACUUGGAAUACUGUGUCCAGUUCUGGUUGCCCUAUUAUAGGAAAGAUGUGGAUGCUUUGGAGAGGGUUCAGAGGAGGUUUACCAGGAUGCUGCCUGGACUGGAGGGCUUAUCUUAUGAAGAGAGGUUGACUGAGCUCGGACUGUUCUCAUUGGAGAAAAGGAGGAGGAGAGGGGACCUAUUUGAGGUAUACAAGAUAAUGAGAGGCAUAGAUAGAGUUGAUAGCCAGAGACUAUUUCCCAGGGCAGAAAUGGCUAGCACGAGGGGUCAUAGUUUUAAGCUGGUUGGUGGAAAGUAUAGAGGGGAUGUCAGAGGCGGGUUCUUUACACAGAGAGUUGUGAGAGCAUGGAAUGCAUUGCCAGCAGCAGUUGUGGAUGCAAGGUCAUUGGGGUCAUUUAAGAGACUGCUGGACAUGCAUAUGGUCACAGAAAUUUGAGGGUGCAUACAUGAGGAUCAAUGGUCGGCACAACAUCGUGGGCUGAAGGGCCUGUUCUGUGCUGUAAUGUUCUAUGUUCUAUGUUGUAUGUUCUAUAAUAUUUAUACUGACAGAUUGUACAGCACAGCCAGAGUAAUAGUAUUAGAAACAAAGCAAUAAGCAUAAAAUGGCACACUUGUAAAAAAUACUAUUUAUUAGUGGGCAAUGUCUACUUUUACAGUGAAUCCCUCAGCAUAGAUCUCUGAGUUGCUCUGUGAUUGUUUUGCCAUUUUGUCCAGAAUUGACUGCUGUAUUUUUUAGAUACCUAUGGUUAGGAGGAGCUGCAUGAGGAUCAAUGAGCUGUGAUGUAUAGUGAAACAAAUCCCUAUUGGGAAACUGAUGAAGAAGCACUUUUUACUCAAUUUUCUUCCAGUGGAUACUGACAUUUAGAUGAUCAACUCGAAAUCACAUGCAACAAAACAUAGAGAUAAACUUGUUCACCAGGAACCAUUACAGUAAUUGUCACUGGAAAGUUUGUAAGUUCUCCCACGAUGUUUUGGUACAAUUUCAUGUGUAUGUUAAAACUCAGGAGAGAUAUUUGGAACAUGGUGAGUGUGAAUCUAGUUAAAAAGCUAAUGCAUGAAUUUAAAGACAGCUGGCAAAGAAUCAGGGUUACAAUCUGUUGUGGCACACAAUGGAUCGGAUGCCGGUUUGUCCCCUCCAUUUCCCCAUGUGAUUCUAGACACUGGAUGUAGCUGCCUUCCCACAGAAUCAUAAUACAGCACUGAAGCAGGCCAUUCAGCCCAUUGUGGCUCUGCUGACACUUCUAAUGGAAGGUUCAAUUAGACUAACUCCCCUGCCUUUACCCAAAACUCUUCAUUUUCUUUUCAUCUUUCAUGCAUUUUCCCAACUCCCUUUUCUAAAAUACAAUUGAAUCAGAGGGCACUUCCUUUUCAGGCAACCUCCAUCCAAGGAAGUGACUCACUGAUUAAACAAAAAAUCUCUGACUCCCCAGUCUGAGUCUUUUGCAAAUAUUCUUAAAUCUGUAUCCUCUGUUUAUUGAUCCCUGCUAGUGGAAACAGUUUCUCUUUAAAUCUGUAUCAAAACUCAUCAUAAUUUUAAACAUCCCUCUUCCAAAAAAAAUGCGCACUUUUAAGGAACAUCUCCCCAGUCACUAUUGGACUGUGAGUAAGGCAGAUUUUUAUUUUGGAGCAGGGACAAUUGAUAGGAAAGAAGUAAAAUUGAAUACACAACAAAAAUAUCCUGAAUUAUGUAUGUGGUAAAUAUUACUCUGACAGCUCACAUGUUGUUGUGGAGCCGGUAGAUCUUGCUGUACUUGCAGAACUAAAGACAGAACAAAAUAGUUUUAUUGGAAAGCUGAUAUCCAGUUUCAAAAAUUCCUCCUGAUUUCCUUUUAGUUGUAUAUGAGUUUGACGCAUCUUUGAGAGUUUAGCUCCCGAGGUCACAUUUACAAAAAAUCAUGUGUUAAUUUUCUGAACAUCAACUUAUCAAUAUAAUAAAUUAAAAGUUGAUUCUUUUGUACCAUAAAAUACUCUUGUAUACUGUUCAUGAAUUAAAUUUUAAAACAAUAAACGUGAAUAUAUAACAGUU